GGGGUUGUCUGUUCUUUGUGCCUGAAGAGGAUUGGUGAGCACUCGAGACAGUGGAUAUGGCUGGAGCCUCCGAUCGGAACUCAUCCUCUUUUCCAUAUAUGGGGCUGCUUGCGAAAGUUGCUGGAAACCCAGAGGCAUUUUAACGCGAUUUACAAACGGAUUUAUGUGCUGUAAAAAUCAUCUCACCAUAAAAGGGGAGAGAGCAGAGAGGGAGAGGCGGCGUAGAAGGCGGUGAAAGCACAUCUGGAACUCAAUCACUGAAGGAACAGCCGCAGUUAAAAAAGACAGAAAAAAAAAUCAACCACCCCUAGAGUCACAGGCUUCUUGAAAAUAAGGCAGGAAGUUUAAUUUGCCGCACGUCCCGGAGCAAGAGAUGGAGAUGCUUCGACGUUCCUCCGUCUUUGCUGCUGAAGUGAUGGAUGUUUUUGACCGCUUUCCCCCUGAGAAAGAGCUCAUUUCUCAAGCGAAAGCGCUGUGCCGAGAUUACAUCCAUUCCCGCCUGAUCAGAGCUGGUAUCGUCUGGAGUAAACCAGAGCCUGCAGUUUCUAGUCCAGCGAGCAAACUUACUGAGGUUUCAGCCGCACUUCUUCACUUGGGUGAUGAGUUGGAGUACAUCAGACCAAAUGUCUACAGGAACAUUGCCAAACAGUUGAAUAUCUCAGUCAGUUCUGAAAGCAUCGUGUCUGAUGCAUUCCUGGCUGUUGCCACUGAGCUUUUCUCUGCAGGUAUAACCUGGGGGAAAGUAGUAGCUCUGUACGCUGUAGCUGGAGGACUGGCCGUUGACUGUGUGAAACAGGGACAGCCUGCCAUGGUACACACAAUAGUCGAUUGCUUAGGAGAGUUUGUCCGGAAAACAUUGGUGACGUGGCUCAGGAGACGAGGUGGCUGGGCUGACAUUACAAAAUCCGUGGUUAACAAUGAUUCCAGUAUCCGGGAUCAUUGGCUUGUCUCCUUCCUCUGCACCUGUGGACACUUCCUCAAAGCAAUCUUCUUUUUCUUUCUGCGGGAGCGAUGAUUCUAGCUGGGACAAGGCCACCGUUUGCUGUCCUUUUCAAAUGUAACACCUAAUUAAUAACACACCUGAAUUAGCAGUAGCAAUUGGAAGCAAAUUCUACACUUGGCAGAAUGGAACAUGAAUCCUUUCAGUCCUUGGCUGAACAGGGAACAUGUAAAUAAUACAGUGGAAACUUUUACAUCAGAAUUCUACUGACAUUUUAAUCAACGGUUUUAAUUUCUAAAUGCGUAAAGUUUGAUCUCAGAGAUGUUAAUAGUUUAACGCAGCUGUGCCAGCUGGUCUGCAAGUGAACCAUUUCGUUUUAAAGGGGUGGCUACUUUGAAGAAUCCAAGAAUGAGCAGCUGUGAAUGUAUGGUAUCAUUUCUUUUUAAGCAGUCGUUCUCAUAGCUCCAUCUUUGAUUGUACAGACUAGCUGCACCAAACAGAAAUUCAAUUUGUUAACAUGAAAUCCAAAAAAAACUAGUCAAUUAAAUUUUAAGGAUGAGGAGUAACCUGGGUAUUUACAAACAGUUGGUUUUAUUUGUAUAUCCAUUUAAUCCAUUUGUACAUAGAGACCUGUCCAGACUAAUGAUAAUGAUGCGGGUAAUUUUUCCAGCACCAACCUUUAGUGUUCUGUCGAUCUUAGUAAUUUCAUUGAAUGGAUUAAUGCAAUUCAAAAACUAUGCUUUUAUUUCCUUAACUUCCCUUCAAGGAUAAAUACGAAUGUGACCUGGCCCAAGGGGCUCAAUGUUCUUCUCGUUAAGGUUUUGCUAGAGUCACUGCCAGCAACAUAGGCAUCUGCAAUUCCAAUUCUGCACCGAACAAAUGGCCUGAGGUUGCCUGGCUGGUGUCUGCUGCUCACCAGUCUCAUUUAUCUGAAGCCACGGUAUCAGAUGCUUUUCAAAUAAAUAAUUGUUAAGACUUUCUCAAACUUCAACUCCUGACACUCUGAAUUACCAGGGACCUCCUUGUCCUCAGGAAUGCAUGGCAUUAACUAACUGAGAGAAGGUCAUCAGAUGAGCAUGAGGUGAACAAGUUUGAUCUAUGCCAAAAACAAAGAUUGUUUAGAACUUAUAAUGAAGACAGAAAUAACACUCCUGAAUAACAAUAUAACUGUUACAGAUUGGGAUGUAUUCCAACUCUUUCAACUUUCAAUUCACAGUGCCUGUUCAAAGUCUGAAUUUUCCUGCCUCAUGGAAAGAGGUCUGAUAACAAUGGGAAGUGAUCCCACAUUGUUAUUUUCUUUCGGAGGCGAAGCUAGAACCCUGCAUUGGGUGUCCAGUUACAGAGAGCAUUCUUCAAUAAGAUAGUAAUGAGUUGAUGAAAUAACAUCACUUUUUCUUCUGUAUGUAGUGAAAAUAAAUGAAAGUAUUUUAAAACAUUCCAAACCAUUA